CACCGGCCUCCCUAACCCUGGACCCACAGACGGCCCACCCCCGGCUGAUGUUGUCGGACAACGAUACGCAGGUUCGCCGGGGAGACUGGCGGAAGGUUCCCGAUCUCCCAGAGCGUUUCAGCUUCCUGCUGAGCGUGCUGGCCUCGCAGGGCUUCACGUCGGGCCGCCACUACUGGGAGAUCGACGUGAGCAGCAACACGGCCUGGGACGUGGGCGCUGCCAAGUCGUCCGUCACCCGCAAGGCCAUCCCGGAGAACGGCGUGUGGGCCGUGGGCCUGUGGGACAAGGAGUACAGCGCGUUCACCAACCCGCGCACCUCGCUAUCGCUUGCCGCCAACCCGCGGCGGCUGGGCAUAUACCUGGACUACGAGGAGGGCCAGAUCUCAUUCUACAACGCCGUGACCAUGGACCACAUCUACACCUUCACCGACACCUUCACCGAGACCAUCCACCCCUACUUCAGCACCGAAUGUAAAACCAACCCUCUCAAGCUGGUCACCAUACAACUGUAGAGUCCGAUCCCAUUCCUCCCUCACGCCCGGAGCAUCCCGUUUAGCAUAGUCUCGCAGCGUGGAAACAGCCCAGCAUAUUUCCUGCCCUACUUUGGCAAACUGAAGCCAUAUAACCAUAUAACCAUAUAACAAUUACAGCACGGAAACAGGCCAUCUCGACCCUUCUAGUCUGUGCCGAACACAUAAUCUCCCCUAGUCCCAUAUACCUGCGCUCAGACCAUAACCCUCCAUUCCCUUCUCAUCCAUAUAACCAUAUAACAAUUACAGCACGGAAACAGGCCAUCUCGACCCUUCUAGUCCGUGCCGAACAACUUUUUUUCCCCUUAGUCCCACCUGCCUGCACUCAUACCAUAACCCUCCAUUCCUUUCCCAUCCAUAUAACCAUAUAACAAUUACAGCACGGAAACAGGCCAUCUCGGCCCUACAAGUCCGUGCCGAACAACUUUUUUUCCCCUUAGUCCCACCUGCCUGCACUCAUACCAUAACCCUCCAUUCCCUUCCCAUCCAUAUGCCUAUCCAAUUUAUUUUUAAAUGAUACCAAUGAACCUGCCUCCACCACUUCCACUGGAAGCUCAUUCCACACCGCUACCACUCUCUGAGUAAAGAAGUUCCCCCUCAUAUUACCCCUAAACUUCUGUCCCUUAAUUCUGAAGUCAUAUAACCAUAUAACCAUAUAACCAUAUAACAAUUACAGCACGGAAACAGGCCAUCUCGGCCCUACAAGUCCGUGCCGAACAAAUUUUUUUUUCCCCUUAGUCCCACCUGCCUGCACUCAUACCAUAACCCUCCAUUCCCUUCUCAUCCAUAUGCCUAUCCAAUUUAUUUUUCAAUGAUACCAAUGAACCUGCCUCCACCACUUCCACUGGGAGCUCAUUCCACACCGCUACCACUCUCUGAGUAAAGAAGUUCCAUAGAAACAUAGAAACAUAAGGUGCAGGAGUAGGCCAUUCGGCCCUUCGAGCCUGCACCGCCAUUUAAUAUGAUCAUGGCUGAUCAUCCAACUCAGUAUCCCGUACCUGCCUUCUCUCCAUACCCUCUUAUCCCCUUGGCCACAAGGGCCACAUCUAACUCCCUCUUAAAUAUAGCCAAUGAACUGUGGCCUCGACUACCCUCUGUGGCAGAGAGUUCCAGAGAUUCACCACUCUCUGUGUGAAAAAAGUUCUCCUCAUCUCGGUUUUAAAGGAUUUCCCCCUUAUCCUUAAGCUGUGACCCCUUGUCCUGGACUUCCCCAACAUCGGGAACAAUCUUCCUGCAUCUAGCCUGUCCAACCCCUUAAGAACUUUGUAAGUUUCUAUAAGAUCCCCUCUCAAUCUCCUAAAUUCUAGAGAGUAUAAAGUUUCUAUAAGAUCCCCCCCCGAAUCUGAAUUUUAGCGAGCACAAGCCGAGUCUAUGCAGUCUUUCUUCAUAUGAAAGUCCUGACAUCCCAGGAAUCAGUCUGGUGAACCGUCUCUGCACUCCCUCUAUGGCAAGAAUGUCUUUCCUCAGAUUAGGAGACCAAAACUGUACGCAAUACUCCAGGUGUGGUCUCACCAAGACCCUGUACAACUGCAGUAGAACCUCCCUGCUCUUAUACUCAAAUCCUCUUGCUAUGAAUGCUAACAUACCAAUAUUAUAAUACCUUCCAUAAAAAUAUCAAUGUCUAUUAAUAGCACAU